AUGGCGGUGGACAAGAUACGUGUCUCCGGUGAUCCCCGUAUCCAGUACAAGUCGGCCACCGUGAAUGGUCGCCAGUAUGGCUACCUUCUCAGUCAGCCCGACUCGGGCAAGUAUCGGGCUACAAUUUUCCUGAUCCAUGGAUUCCCAGACAUUUCGAUGGGAUGGCGGUAUCAGAUCCCAAUGUUUGUGGAGAUGGGAUUGCGAGUUGUCGCACCCGACUGCCUUGGAUAUGGUCGAACUGAAGCACCUGAUGAGCUUGCUCUUUACUCUCACAAGCGCUGCGCCGAUGAUAUGAAAGCGCUCGCUACCCAUCUGGGCGAAUCCAGGAUCAUUCUGGGUGGCCACGAUUGGGGUGCGGCGCUCUCUUAUCGAAUUGCCUUGUGGCAUCCAGACUUGAUCAGUCAUCUGUUCACCGUCUGCGUGCCGUAUGCACGUCCCCAGCCGACAUACUUGUCCAUUGAGGACCUCGUGAACAACUCGGCUUCUCAUUUCAGGUACCAGAUUCAAUUUGCUGAUGGCGAUGUCGAAAAGGUUGUCCACACCAAAAGCGACAUCAAGCAGUUCUUGGCUGCCAUGUACGGUGGACGGACAGAGAAGGGAGAGGUCGGCUUCGAUGCCGAGAAGGGCGUUUUGCUGGACAAAUUGCCGUCCUUGAAGCCUUCGCGCUUGCUGAGUGAGGAGGAGCUAGACUACUACGCGACUGAAUUCUCGCGCCAUGGAAUGCAUGGUCCCUUGAAUUGGUACCGUACCCGCCGUGUGAACUAUGAAGAAGAACUCGCCAUCCUGGAUCGCAAGAUCACGAUUCCCGUCCUUUUCAUCCAGGCGCUCAAGGACCAAGCCCUACCGCCUCAUCUGGGCAAAUCCAUGGCCAAGCACGUCCCCAAUAUGACCAUGAAGCAGGUCAAUACGGCUCACUGGGCACUGUGGGAGAAGCCUGAGGAUGUUAACAGGAUUAUUUCCACUUGGAUGAAGGAUGUUGUUUUUGCUGAUGGCCGUUUGGGCAAGCUUUGA